AUGUCUGCGACAUCCACACCGCUACCUGCGGGUAUCACGCCGCCGUAUGCGGCAAUUAACGACCAUGAUCAGUCGGGUCUUAUUGCUAUUUUGGCGGGGUUCUCGCUCGGGCUGGUGUUGCUGAGUGCGGGGAUAAGAAUGUAUGCGAGGCGCUACUCUGGGGAUUAUCGCAUUGAUGAUUAUACAAUCUUUGCGGCGGUGGGUUUCGCAAUUAUUCAGUCGUCGCUGGUGUUUUACGAAGUAGCUGUUGGCUUAGGAAAGGAGUGGACGGACCUUGAGGUAGACCAGUUGGUAAAGAUCCGGAAGUCUGUGUUGGCAAGCGACCUCUUCUACAUCAUCGUCCUCUUCUGCUCCAAAGCAUCCUGUGGCUUCUUCCUCCUCUGGCUCACGCCCUACAAAACGCAUCGGAAGCUCGUGUGGGGCCUGAUAGCAACCGAGAUUGUAUGGGUGACCACAAGCCUGUUCGUUGAAGGAUUUCGAUGUCCAGGAAGAAACUUGAUGGAGCACGCUACGCGAUGCACUGGAUUUUUCGCUCGGUGGGUCUAUGUCGGUGUAUUCGAUAUGCUGAUUGAAGUUGCUCUCAUCGUGACAUCGUCAUGUCUUGUAUGGAGUCGGCAAAUGACGCGGCGGCAGAAGUACGUCGUCGUAGGUGCCUUCGCCUGCCGCAUCCCCAAUAUUAUCCUCACCAUCAUCCGACUCGUCUUCCUCAGCGAGCCGAUAGUGGCUUCGACGUCGGACUUCUGGAACGCCCGCGUAAGCAGCGUCACUCAAAUCGCAAUCGGCUACACCGUCACUGCAUGCGUCGUGCCGUAUCUCCGCCCGCUCGUGCAAGCGUAUGAGCCAGGAAUAGGCCGCCGGCAAUCGAGAGAACCGUCUUUCAAGUUGUCAGAGCGAUCUUCAAGGGGCUCGCAGGGCGGGUCGGGGGCCAGAUCCAGGCAUAGAUCCGAGAAUUUGCGAAGUCCAGUUGAUAAGAUGCGAGCGGAAGAGAUAGGAAAUAAGGAACUGGCGUGUGUCGCAACAAAAGAGAAAUCGAAGAGCGCAGCAAAGAAAGGCAAGAGAGAUAUAGGGACGGAGGAAAGCCCCGGUCUGGUCAUAAAAAAGGCAGUGGAUUGGACGGUCACCCACCACCACGUAGACCAUAAGCAAAGCAUAGCGGUACCACCGGAGCAGCGAGAUGAUUCUCCAGUGAGUCCAAGGCAGGCCAAGGAGGGAUUCUCCUUCGUAUAG